AAAGCGUUCACUGGGUCUCUCUAAUUUCCUCGGUGAGCUAUGGAAGUGAUAGAAGUAAUUACCAUAGUCCUUCUUGCUUUGGCGGUUCUAGGUGCUAGAAUUAUUGGUGCAUACCCAAGUGAAAAAGAUUACUACACUGCUGGCGUGUUGGAAUAUAAUUUCUUUACUUCCAACAAAUCGUUCAGAGAAUCCGUAGAGCUGAACCUUAAUGAAUAUGUGCGUUUCAUAAAACUCGCUAAGAGUAAAGAUGUUGAAAUCUUAGUAUUUCCGGAAGCGACACUUAAUCUUUACUUCGUCGAUGUUCGAGAACAGAUUAGUGAAUAUGCCGUGGUUAUUCCAGACCCAAAGCUCGAAAUUGCGCCAUGCGAAUAUGAGGAGGAUUAUUCAUUCAUUUUAGUGGAACUCUCAAAGGCUGCCAGAGACAAUCAGAUUUAUGUACUAGUCAACGUGGUUGAAAAAGAUUUUUGUACAUGGGGAUCAGAUGCAUGCAAACCUCCAUAUAAUGUUCAAAAUGAUGGUUACAGUCUCUACAAUACUAACAUAGUUUUCGAUAGAAAGGGACGCAUAAUAUCCAGAUAUCGUAAAGUGAAUCUUUUCAUUGAACCCAGUACAAAUGAUCCUCUAGAUCAACCAUUGCCCAUCUUUGAAACAGAUUUUGGUGUAAAAUUUGGACACUUCAUUUGUUACGAUAUUUUGUUUAAAUAUCCUGCAAGGACAUUAGUCCAGCAAGAGAAUAUCACGAACAUCCUUUACCCAACAUUUUGGUUUGAAGGUCUUUCUUACUUCAUAGCCGAAACCAUACACCAGGGCUGGGCUUAUAGCAACAAUGUAAACUUCUUGGUUUCUGGUGCGAAUGUCCUUCGAAUGGGAACAACUGGAGCAGGAAUCUACUUUGGUCGCAAACGGAUCCAAGUGAUAGAAACAAAGUCAGAUCCGAUAAGAAAAUUAUAUACCGCGAAGGUACCCAAAAAUGUCAGAGCAGAUUUCAAAUUCGAAGAACCUCAAAUUUGGGAGGAAAGUUCAGCGGCAGAUCUUCUCAAGGUGCGCGUAAAAGAAAACUGGAUAUCUGACUAUCCUGUUUUCUUUCCUAUUGAAGAGCCACAGAAAACUAUAUGCGUCAAUGACGAAAAAAUAUGUUGUACUGUUGAGGUUAAGAGAAGAAACCUUAAAGUUCCUGACGGAGCGGUGUCUUAUAAAUAUGCGCUAAGCGUCAACUACACCACGAAGCUUUACAUAGAAAGACGAAAUUUAGGAGAAAUAACUUGUGCCAUUGUGGCAUGCACCGGAGAUACCAUGGAUACUUGCGGAAGAAGAUUUCAUACCAAAAAUGUGGCCCCAGGAACAGAAUUCGAACACAUCAAAAUUACAGCCAGAAUUCGUUCAGAGCAGUUUGAAGAUGUGAUGAUCCAACCAAACACUGCGAGUACAGGGCUCUUACCAUUUGAUGUGUGGAGGUAUACUCUAACCGAGACUGAUGUAUAUAGUGAUCUAAGUUACACCUACAAGAAUUUCACAAUUGAGUCGACGACAGCGGUGUCCGACUUUUUGGUAUACGGACUGUUUGGACGUGACUUUACCAUGGACUACGACAAAAUGGAAGAUGUUGCCCGUUUUUACGAGAAAUCACACCAUAAGAUACAUUUGGUUUGAAGUUACUGUCAACACUGUCAACUCCAAUAUGUGUAUUAAAGUGGAGUACAUGCAG